AGUCACUACUGUGUGGCUCGAGUGUGUGGCCGUAGCAAAGAUGGCUGAUCGGUACCUCAUCUCCAAGGACACGGUCGUUGAAGGGGCUGCUGUGCCCGAGCUUGUCAAGCUGAAGCAGGAAAGAGACGCGAAGCUGGCCGAGGAGAAGAAGAAAGCUCUGGAAGAGAAGCAGAAGACCAGAGAGGAAGAGCGAGCAAAGCUCAAGGAGCGUACAGCUGCCUAUGAGAAGGAGUAUGCUGACACAGCCGCAGAGCUUGUGAAGCUCCGGCGAGAAGCCAAGCUGAAUGGGAACUUCUUCGUGGAGCCUGAGGCAAAACUGAUCUUCGUGGUGCGCAUCGCGGGUAUCAUGAAGAUGAGCCCCAAGCCCAGGAAGGUGCUGCAACUUCUGCGGCUGAAGCAGCUGCACAAUGGAGUCUUUCUGAAGGUCAACAAGCCGAUCUUGAACAUGCUGAAACUUGUGCAGCCUUAUGUCACCUAUGGCUAUCCCUCCUUGAAGACAGUGAGGGAGUUGAUCUACAAGCGUGGCUUUGGCAAGGUGAGCAAGCAGCGCAUUCCACUGUCCUCCAACGACAUCAUCUCUGAGAACUUGGGCAAGCACGGCAUUCAUGGAAUGGAGGAUAUCAUCCAUGAAAUCUAUACCGUUGGCCCCAGCUUCAAGCAGGUCUCCAACUUCUUGUGGCCAUUCAAGCUCUCCUCCCCCAAGGGUGGCUUCAUCAACAAGCGUCAUGGCUUCUGUGAAGCUCGUGGGGGUGACUGGGGCAACCGCGAGGACCUGAUCAACGACCUCUUGAGACGGAUGAACUGA